AUGACCCAAGAAAAGGAGUGUUCGGUGGGGAAUGCCGGAGAAAACAGGGCGAUUUCAGCUCUUGCGAAGCAGCAUGAUUCACGUGCAUUCAGCAGGGUUGAAGCAGAGCCUGUCUCCCCAGGGAGGCGUGACGACAGGGGUGUUGCAACUGAUGGGUCUGUUGCGGUUGAGAGGGAUAAUGAGAGGCAGAAUGAAAUGGUCAAGGAUACGGGUGAGCGGAAGGAGAAGCAUGAGCAGACGGAUGGGAUGAAAGGUGGCGAGGAGGGUCAGAAGACUGCUGCUGCUGUUGCUGUGCAAGAGGGGCGGCAUGUGCAAGAGGGGCGACAUGUGCAAGAGGGGCGGCAUGUGCAAGAGGGGCGGCAUGUGCAAGAGGGGCGGCAUGUGCAAGAGGGGCGGCAUGUGCAAGAGGGGCGGCAUGUGCAAGAGGGGCGGCAUGUGCAAGAGGGGGAAAAGGAGCGACAGGGGCAAGAGGGACGAGAGAGGGAAAGAGGGGGACGGGGACGAGAGGAACAAACAGGGCAACAGGGGCGAAAGGAGCAGAUAGGACAAAAGGGACAAGAGGAGCAGAUAGGGCAACAGGGACGAAAGGGGCUGGUAGAUACUGAGGUGCGGGGACUGGCAGGUAAAGAGAAAGCAGAUGAAGAGAAGGCAGGUGCUGUCGAACGCCCUGUUGGUAGCAAAGCUAAUAGUUUGCCCUUGAUGGCCCAGCCAAGGGGAGGCACAACUGCUGAGGGUACAGCUGGGAAAGGGGCUACUAGGGAAGGUGCACCUAGGGAAGGUGUUGCUGGGGAAGGUACAGGUGGGAAAGGUUCAUGUGGGAAAGGAGGUGUUACUGAGAAGGAAUGUGCUCCUUCGGACAGUGAUGUGGAAGAGGUGGUAGAGGAGAGUGGUGCAGAGCGGUUGAGUGAGAGAGAACGGGUUGAGGCAGCAGGUGAAGGGACAAUGGCUAGGGAGAAGGGGGAGAAAGAAAAAGGGGAGAGUGCUGGCACUGAUGGUGGUUUGGAUAAGGUGAGGACAGGAGGAGUGGGGGAGAAGGAAGAGGGUAAGGAGGUAGGUGCGUUGGCGGUGGACGCCGCGCCGCGUGCGGCGGAGAUUAAGGAGGCGAAGGACCGCCGGUGGGAUCGUAGCGAGAUUCGCGGCAUGUGGGAGUUUGCUUCGAUACUUGAUUUUUUCAGAAUUUUCCGGGAGCCGCUACAGCUUAGCAUCGACGCUACAGCCGAAGACAUCGAAACGGCUCUGCUAACGCCGGAGCCGUCUCCGCUUCUUAAAGACAUACACAUUACGCUUCUUAAGCAAGAGGACACGCGUGUGGUUGUAGAGGCUGCUAUGAAGAGGAAUCCCGAGGAGAUUCGCAUGGAGCCGUUUGGGUUGGACGCCAACAACCACGUGUUCUGGUUCUGCAAUGACUCAGUGCUGGGUCAUCGCCUGUUCAAAGAGGGCCCACCUGCUUUCAUCACGCAAGAGGAGGCUGACGCUGCUGCUGCUGCUGCUGCAGCUGCUGCUGCCGCUGCCGCUGCUGCUGCUGCUGCAGCUGCUGCUGCUGCCGCUGCUGCUGCUCUUGCUGCUAAUGUGCCUGUUCCUGCUCUUGCUGCUGAUGCUGCUGCUGCUGUUUCACCUGCAGAAACCACAGCAGCGGUGGUGGAAGAAGCAAAGGCAGAGGCUGCAUUAGAUGCUGCCAGAAGUGUUGCUGAAGCUGCUGAACCGCCUGAUGAUCACACAGCUGCUGCUGUUCCUGCAGAAGAGACGGUGGCAGUGGUGGUGGAAGGAGCAAAGGCGAAAGCUGCAAAUGGUGCUGACGAGAGUGCUGCAACACCCGAAUGUGAAGGAGCUGAAGCUGAAGCUGAUACUACGGCUGUUGAACCGGCUGCUACUAGUUCUGAUGAUCACGCAGCUACUACUGUUCCUGCAGAAACUGCGGGAGUGGUGGGGGAAGGAGAAAAAGCGAAGGCUGCAACCAAUGCUGCCAAGAGUGCUGCUAAAGCCGAAGGGGAAACAGAAGCUGCUGAGGCUACUCAACCUACCACUACUUCCAAUGAUCACACAAAUGCUACUGAGGCCCCAUCUGGCAAAACCGGAGCAUCUGAGCCGUCCGUUAACCCAACACCACCAUCUGUUCCCCUGCAAUCUGAACCACUACCCACUCCCACUAGUGAAGCCUCUAAGGCUGACAGUGUUACAGCGCUCAGUGUGGUUACCAGAUUGGGUGACGCCAAGCCUUGUGCAACUGGGGUUGACCUGAUUUUAAAGUCGCCCUUGGGGAGUCCUGAUAAUAAGGGGCUAUCACGAAGCAAUGAUAGGGAGCUAUCACGAGGCAGUGGUAAAGGGACGCAAGGUGAUGGGGAUUUAGUGAGUGGGCUAGCUGCUAUUGGGAGUCCUGUUGAUAAGGAGCUAUCACGUGGCAAUCGCAGGGAGUUGUCACGAGGCAAUGAUAGGGAGAUAUCACGAGGCAGUGAUAAAGGGUCGCAAGCUGAUGGGGAUUCUGUGAGUGGGCUAGCUGCUAUUGGUGGGUUGAAGGCUAAAGCUGGGGUGAAGGCAGAAGAGGAGGAUGGGGGAGCGAAGGUGGGAGGAGGAGAGGAAAGUGGGGUGGAAGCAAAGGAGAGAGGGGUGAAAGCGGAGGAGAGAGGGGUGAAAGCGGAGGAGGGGGAGGGAAUGGGGAGAGGAGAAGAGGAUAAGGUGCUUGUGAAGAGAGGGAUUGUAGCGAAGGAGAAUGAGAGGGUUUACAGGAGGCGAGGUGGCAAGGAGGCGGGGAGGAAGGAUUGUGAGGGCAGAGAAGGGGAAGAUGGAAAGGGAGGCAAGGGGGGGGUGAAGGGGGAAGAUGCGAGUGGUCAAGGCGGUGUUGGUGAGGGUAACGAGCAUAGAGGGAAGGAGGGGGCUAAAGGGGAAGAGGGUGAGAAGGAAGAGGAGGAAGAGGAGGAGAAGGAGGCGGAGGAGGAGAAGAAGAAGGAGGAAGAAGAGGAAGAGGAGAAGGAUGCUGGUGUGAUUGACUUAACUGAUGCAGAUCCAUGCAUGCCUGCUCGUGACGACUCAGCCAAACCUGCUCAAGACACCUCAGUCACUGCCGCUGCUGGAAAAGAAGACUCAGCCGUUGCUGCUAAGGCAGAUUCAAGCACCCGUCCCACCCGCCAUGGCAUGAGCACACGAACCAGGUCAGGCACACUCCGCCCUCCUUCCGUCGCCAAACCUGUUCCCAAGCCUGCUCCCAAGCCUGCUCCCAAGCCUGCUUCCAAGCCUGCUGCCAAGCCUGCUGCCAAGGUUGGCAGCAAGAAGGGGAGGGGUGCUGCAGCUGCUGCUGAUUCUGGUGCAGAGGGCAGGAGGAAGGUGAAGAAGAAAGCCCGACCGGUGUUCCUGCCGCCCGUGUGUGGCGAGUUUGCCACUGCUGCCGUGUGCCUCACUGACUUCACUGCUCUCGCGGACGAUCUCAGUGCCAGUGUGCAUAACGCGGAUCAGCUUAUAGCGGAUCGCCUGACAGAGGAGGCCAUACCCAAAGUGGAGCUUGAGGAGAAGGUAAGGGAUGGGAUUGUUCUUUCACGCUCACUCGUAGAGUGA